AAUAUUACGUCGUAUUGCCAAAGGCCGUAGACAAUUAAGGAUUAUUUUCACAAUUCACCGAGUAUUCUCAUGCAGGCUGAGCCUCCCGGUUGGCGUCCUUAGUUAAGCUGCUAAAACAAUUACAUGAUAAAGGUGAGAAUAUCAACCCAGCAGUGAGCAGCCUUUGAGCAUCUUUACACCACCAUGGGUUGUGGAUCCUCCCAGAGCCUGCCCCUGGCACAGAACUACGAGGUCUCCUCUGUCUGGGAUGCUGUAUCAAGGACAGUGGAAGCCAAACGAUCCGGAGCUGACAAGCUCAUCGUCAGGCGAUCGGGAUGGAAGACAAUACGCAUCUUUGUUUCCUCAACCUUCAGGGACUUUCAUGCAGAGAGAGAACUCUUCAUCAAAGAGGUAUUUCCUGAGCUGAGGAUAUGGUGUGAGAAGAGAAGGCUCUACCUUGUAGAUUGUGAUUUGAGAUGGGGUGUCCCUAAAGAUACCACAUCAGAAGAAACUCUACGGACCUGCCUUAGUGAAAUCGACCGCUGCUACCAAGAUAACAUCAUGCCUUUCUUUCUUAAUCUCACAAGUCCUGAACAGUUAACGAAGCUGAUCCCCUACUUAUCUCAGAUUCCUGAUGAUUCUGGUGAGCGAUGUGGGUGGAUCCCAAAUCAGAUGGAGGUACCGGAGUCAGUGAUGCAGGAAUACAGAUGGAUUAUGGGAUUGUCAGUCACGGAGAUGGAGAUAAUGCAUGCAGCCUAUAGGAAAACAAAUCCUAACUCCAUAUUCUUCAUCAGAGAAUCUUCAUUUUUGGAAUCACUCCCAGAGAAAUUCAAGAAAGACUUUGUUGAUGUCAACCCAAUUGCUCCUGAGAAACUGAAUAUGCUUAAACAGAUGCUGAGAGAGAGAUUUGGGACAAAUCAGGUGCACUUCUAUGAAUGUCAGUAUAAUGGUAUCGGUGAUGAUGGACAGGUUGAGCUUUGUGGAAUGGAAUCACUUAGAGAUAAGGUGUUUGAGUUCUUCACCGAGCGCAUUUCUGAGCAGUAUCCGCUGGACGAUCGUCCAUUGGACCCUUACCAGCAGGCCAAGGAGGCCCACGAGUCCUUCAUGAAGAACAGGUGCGGUUGUGUUCUCGGAAGGACAGCCAUUCUGGAGCAGAUCAAGGACUAUGUGGUGACAACGUCAUCCAAUGCACCCCUGCUUCUCCUCGGCGGCCCGGGUACCGGGAAGUCCUCUAUCAUGGCCAAGGUUGCUGAGGUGUCGGUGACCAAAGCAGCAACCAGAGAGAUCCCAGGGUCUCCAGAUAUUGGAUGGCAUGUGUUCUAUCACUUUGUUGGAGCUGUCCCUGGAUCACCCAACCUGGAAAUGGCUCUCAAGAGAUUACUAAGAGAGAUAGGAGCAGUAAAGGAGAGUCAGAUGCCCAAGGAUUUAGAAGAGACUUGUCAGGUUACCUAUGCAGCUUUAUCUAAUCCUAAUACCAGACCUGUCAUCAUCAUCAUUGAUGCCCUUAAUCAGUUUGAUGAGAGCAAGGAAUCUACUGUCCUGACAUGGCUUCCAAACAAGCUAGCACCUCAGAUCCGUUGUAUCUUCUCUAUGAUUGACCAGACGCCUCAGCAUCAAACGUUAGAACUCAGAUCCAAUGCACCCCUAUCCAUCUUUGUCACACCACUUGAUAUGGAAUCUAGAGAGGCCAUUGUGAGGGAGACACUCGGAAACUACAACAAGAAACUUGACGAGGAACAGAUGGCUGACCUUUUGGGCAAGGAGUCUUCCCAGAAUCCUCUGUGGUUGUCCGUAGCCUGUGAAGAACUGAGAGUCUUUGGGCUCUUCUCCAAAGUUACAGACAAGAUCAACAAGCUGGCAGAUGGUCUUCUCAACCUUCUGGCCCAGGUUUUUGACCGUUUUGAAGAAGAGAACGGAGGUGAACUGCUGGUUGCUACCUUGUGCUUAUUGGAGUGUUCUAACACUGGACUACUAGAAACAGAACUCUUGACCAUCCUUGGUGAUGAAGACAAUCUGAUGCCCAAGUCAAGCUGGUUUGAUUCUGGAGCGGGAGGAGAGAAGAAAGAUUCCAGAGAAAAGAAAGAGAAGGACAUUGGUCCUUUGUCAGCUCACAAGUGGGCCAGAGUCUUCCGUGCUCUCAAACCUUUCCUCAGACCUUUUGGAGAGAGUGGUGAGGGGCGUCUUGACUUCUAUCAUCGAUCACUCAGCAAAGCUGUUAGGAAAAAAUACUUGAAGCUUGGAAACGGAGAAGAUGAUCAGAAGAAAUACACCUGGUGGCACACAAAACUGGCCAAUUUCUUUGAGAGAGUUACAUCUGUGGAGAGGAAAUGUGAGGAAUAUCCUUUCCAUCUGAGUGUGAUUAAAGAUGAGAGACGUCUCGCAACAUUCUUGUCUGAAUGGCAAGUCUUUGAUGAGUUCUUCAUAAGUGAGUUCAGUACAGAUCUCUUGGCAUACUGGAGGAAGGCUGGUGGCCCAGAGAAGAUGGAGGAAUGUUACAGGAAAGCACUGGAAGACCUCAACAACAACCCAGACAUGGACAGGGAAGAAGUUGCUAUUCGUUAUGAGAAGGUUGCAAGGGUCCUAAUGCAGGCCAGUCAGCUGAAGACGGGUUACUCAAUCUUAGAGACAGCUAUGCAGAUGGAGAUGGAUGAACUUGGGGCCAGGGAGGAGAGAAUGCUGGUUCUCUAUGAUCUGGUUGCCAGCUGGAACAAUGAGCUACUAACACUGCAUGACUUUAUUACAACAAAAAUGUUUCCCAACCUCCGUCCAUCGAUCUCUUACCGGCGCAAGUCCCUUGCUAUCAGCAAGAAGUUUGUUGACAGGGAUGAGUCCUUUAAGUUCAAACGUGCGUUCUCACUGAUGAAACUGGCAUUUAACCUUAAGACAUGGUAUGUGCUGAGAGGAGACAAUGAAAUGUCUGCUACUGAAGCUAUGGACCUGGGCUUUGCGAGUCUUAAGGAAGCCAAACAGCUUUUCACUGAGCUGAAUGACAAGGGACAUUUGGCUGAAUGUUUGAUGAAUGAAUCCCUUCUGGUUGGUGAAACAAAGCAAGUGGAUGCAUUAGAGAUUUUCAAGAAGGCUGAGGAGUUGUGCCUUGAGGCUUAUGGAGAGAUGAGCGUCCUAUCAAGUCGACUGUUCACCAACAUGGCAAUCCUACUUGAAGAGAUGGGUCUCAAGGAUGAAGCAUAUGAUUACUUCGUCAGGAGCAGGGAAAUCAAAAUAGCUGUGUUUGGUGCUGAGCAUCCUCAGACUCAGCGACUGGAUAGAGUACUGGCAGAGGACGAUUAUGCUGCAAUUGCAAGACGCAGACAGACCAUAGACGAGAACUAUUAGAUAUACCAGGAAGGUCAUUCUCAGUCGUUACAAUUCAUGACUCAACUCUCUAUCGACCAUUAGCCUUACACCAUUCAAGAAUGAUCACUGAUAGAUACAGCUACACUCUGCAUUCAAUAGCACCUGAUCGAAAUUCUACAGUUAGUUUCAAGGGGAAGUUCACCCGAUGAUAAGUUCAUUUUGAUACAGAAAUAUGCUCAAUAUAUUUAAUUUGAUAAGAUAUGCAUUGAAGGUUUUUCUGAAAAUCCAUUAAAGAAUAACCAAGUUUGAUUUUGUGACGUUACAGAUGAUUGCUUCUCCAUGUGUCAUGUAAUAUGAAUUCCCUGAAAUUCAAUUUUCUUAAUAAAUUGAAUGUAGUUUCUUUGUCCAAUGGAUGUAUCAUCAAACACAACUAUUUUCCCUUCUAUAAGAAAGACAUUUUUAUUGAUAGGUUAAAGGAUUGGAAUUCAUAAAAUUUAUGAUGUAUGGGGAAGCUGCUUGCAUAUUCAAAACUUCAAAAAUCCAUGAUUCUCUCGAUCUUUGAAGGAUAUUCAUCAAUCCUUGACCAAAUAAUUUCCUAUAUUUCCGCUUUUAUUGAAACCAACAGCAUCAUCUGCUUGAACUUCCCAUUUAACCAUCCAUGUAUUUCAUUGUCUUGACAAUAUGUAAGAGACACAGUGCAAGAUUCCUAGGCUACAUGCAGGUCAAAAGAUAGAUGGCAUAAUUGAUUUUAAUAUUUAAUAUUUAAACGGAUGACCGAGCAGUACAUCAAACAUCAUUUGAGCUUUUCACUCAUGUUGGGUAUUGUUCGUGGAAAGAGGUGUUAUUACUGCUGCACAAUUUACAGGAGGCGCAUUGAUUAUGUUGGAUGGGAGGGAAUAGGAUUAGGGUAUUAACAAUUAUGACCUUGUCCCUUUCCUUCUUAAUUUUAUCAGGGAUAAUGUAAAGAUUGAAUGGAUGCACUAUCCAGACACCUGUGAUGUUUGAAAUGUUGUGUUAAUAUCAGAAUUCUAUGUCGUUAAAUUGAAGUUUGAUGUUUUUCAUUAUAUACUGGAUGUCGUAAGCGUAAGUGGAGACUAAAUAUGAAAGAAUUGAUUUUGUUCUGAUUUUGUCCAUUCUGUAGAUUCAGUUCAAAGUAACAAUGUUAGGUUUGAAUUGAUCUUUUAAUUUGUGGAACAAAUCCAUUAAAAAAUUG